UCGAGCACCGAAGAGGUACAAUUCCUCUAUUAGCUAGCUGGGGAAGUUUUUUUUUCUUUUCUAAUCUUUCUCUAUCUAUCUCUAAAACUGAGGCUAAUUAAUAGCUUGAAGUUGACACGGGAAAGAGGGAGAGAGCCGUUUGCUGAUCUUUGCUGGGCGCUGGAGCAUUCAUUACAGAGUAUACUGUUAGUAGUUGACGUCUUUAUUGAGGUCUAGAUUACUACAUAAUUGCAGCAAUUAUCACAUCCACAUCUCUCUCUUCAAUCUGAAUCUUCCACUUAAAUUCUGCUACAGAAUGUUUAUUUCUUUACUGCUGAACAGUGGUUUCUUUUGAACAGAGUGCCUGCUGAUUCUGAAUCAGAAAGUUAGGUUACAUUUCCCUGUAUGGUGCUUGACGUUGUCGCUAUAACUAGCUCGAAGAACUACACAGUCUUGCAUCUUAUGCAAACUAUUUGAACAUGAAACUCGAUGGUAAACAGGUUCUGCCAUGGAAAUGUGGGCCAUAACUGUGACUCCAAACUUUUUGAAUACAAUAAAAAUAUUGCUUUGGACUCAACUGGAAUUAUGUCUGGAAAAAGGAUUGUGAAUGGAGAUCAGUAUAGGGACUUCAGUAAUAUGAAUUGCAAGGAAGGCAAUACAGAUCAGUUAAAAUAUGCAGUCGAUGAAGAUGGUCGAGCUGUCUCAAAACUUGAUUGUUCUAUGAGCGUGGAUGAUUCGACAAGUGAUAAUGAGAAAGAAUUCAGAAACUUAGUUCCACCAAUGCCAUUGAUUCAUUCUUCACUAAAAAUUGAAUCAUUUGAAAAGGAACCGGUUUUAUGUGCAGACAAAAGUGUUAUGGAAUCUGAACUGCCGGAUUUGGUAGUUUGCUACGAGGAGAAUACUUGCCAUGUUGUUAAGGACAUCUGUGUUGAUGAGGGGGUUGCCUUCCAGCACAGGUUCUUGUUCGACCCAGGUUCAGGUGAGGAUAAGUUGUGCAAAAUUCUCCCUGCUGAGGACAUAAAAAGUGAGAUAGCAAAAGAAAGGGUUGAUCUAGACUUGUGCAUUCCAGGCAUUCUGAAAUCAUUGACAGAAAAAGAAAAAUCAGCAGUUUGUUUGCCUAUUCCUGAUGUUCUAAUAUCUUCAGAAAAAAAGGGCUGUGAAAAUGAACAUUUUCAUGAUUGCGAUUCCAAGGAGUUGAUGCCUAUAGAUGAAGCAGAUGUUAAUUCAUCGAAGGAAAUUGCAAAUGUUACAUUCAAACAGAUUGUUUCACUUGGAGAAUUGCUUUCAAUGCCAGAAGUGGUAGCGGAUCUCUCACAACCCAAGUCUUCUAGUAACAAUGUCGAUGAAGCUGAACAACAGUCUACUCAGAGGCCAAGUGAGAACACAAUCAUAGAAAUGGCUUCUGACCGUGAAGAGUCUGAAAGUGGCCGUCCUGUUGUACAUUUGGCUGAAGAAUUAUGUUAUGGCCAUCACGAAGCUGUCUCUGGAACUCUUGCCCUGGAUUCUGCAACUAAAGAAUCAGAUCAUGAGCAUGUUGAAACCGUCUUAGCAGGUACUGAUCUGAAAUCUACAACUGAGGGAUUAAAAAAUGGCAGCAGAGACAGAAACAUGUUAAGCCAUUGUGGGGAUUUUGUGCCUGAAAAUUGUGGCUUUGAACAUGGAGAGACUUGCUCAUCCAGGCCGGAAGGGACAAACACUGAGCCAUUUUCAAGUCAACUUCAGUACGGUCAUGGGGAGACAAGUUUCUCAGGUGCAGGUCCUCUAUUAGGUCUGAUAAGUUAUUCAGGGCCAAUUGCAAAUUCUGGCAGUGUCUCUCUAAGAUCAGAUAGCAGCACCACUAGCACCUGCUCUUUCGCAUUCCCCAUAUUACAGUCUGAAUGGAAUAGCAGUCCUGUAAGAAUGCGGAAAGCUGACGGCAGACGUUUCCGGAAUCAUAAGAACUGGAGGCAGGGCCUUCUUUGCUGUAGAUUCUGAAUGCUUUUGUUCUGUCCGUAGGCUAAACUAACAAAAUGUAUACAUCGGCGGAAUUUAUCUGGUAGCUUUUUGACUGAGAGAAACGAAAAUCUUCAAAGCAUUUUUCA